GGAAAACUGCAAAACGUUGACAAGUUAUUAUUCUUCCAGCUAAUCGACUCUCUUGAAAUUGUUAUACGUUAAUUUGGUAAAGUGGAAAAGAAGAAUAUUGUUGGAUCCGAAUAAUAUCCAUGAUGGAAAGAGAGGUUCGAAAACGGAAAUCAAUUCCCGUCACCCGAGUUUUGGAACCUGUUAAGAAAAGCAAACUUCAUGUCUGCACGGGAAAACUACCCGAUGGAGAACCCUGUUUGUCAAGAUAUUCAAGGAAAGAAGGACUCACGAAACAUUUUGCAAAUAAACAUGCCACACCUGCACAGCAGGCAGUGAAACAAUGGCAGACCCGCCUCUCCGGGAUGAUCAACAAUGCAGCAAUCUCUGUGGCCAGCUUUGUAAAAUCACUGAACUUAUUGAAAGUACCCGUACCAGUAUUAACUGAGCAAGAUGUUAAUAUGGACAACCAGUUUGUGAAAACGAUGGUGCAAGUGUUAACAAAUAGACAAUUGCAUGACCAAACUGCAAAACCGUUUUAUGGGUCAAUCAUAGUUCUCAUGGACAGAAAGUUUUGGGAUCCCACGAAGUCGUUGGAUGAAAAUAUCCUUCAGCACAAGCAUAACCCAGAGUUUUUAAUUGCUGUUUUUUUCGACACAAGCAGUACCAAAGGCCCGUGCCCUUUUCACACGUUCUUCAGCAUGUGCGACGGUUCUUUGGUGGCGUGGCUAGCUAAGCAGAACUGGGUGGCAUUCACCAAUAACAUAACCUUCUCAGAAGGACGCACACGAGAUGAGAAUAAGGACCUUGCUUACGAAUGGCAGCAAAUUUGGGAGUUGGCGAAUUUCCUAUGCAAUUCGCUGCCACUCAUACGUACCGGCCCAAAGAUUGUGGGGCUCAACUGUACUACCAAUCAAAAACAUUCUCAUUCGAUUACUGGCGACGGGGUCAUGUCCGCAAUUACGAAGUGGAUUAAAAACGACAGUUUGAACGAAAUAUUGGGUUAUCCACCCUUCGCAUGGACGGAAUACAAGAUCGCAGCAUUCUUUGCAGCACAAAAUGGAGGGAAAAAGGACAACAGUGUUAAGGAUAUAGUGACAUACAUAGAAGAAAAGUUUCCCAACCGAGGUCCACCUGAGUCUGCGGUUUUCGAUGAAGUGAAACUAGAUUUUGAAGCGUACCAAGCGAAAAGAUUGAACGACUUGUACUCAGUGAUUGAGAACUUCAUCCCCCGCCCUGACUACACGUACGUACGAUCAGAUUUUCUAGCCGCCACAGUUGUGCUAAGUGCUAAGAAACCACUUACAGUUAAUCAAAUUUUGGAGGUUAUCUGGAAUGCAUUUCCCCUCACCCGAGAAGUUGUCAAAGGCUUCAACGUGAGAAAUCUGCGGGUAAGCCUUUCCAACCACCCUUGGUUUGUAAGGCAAGGAAAGAAAGGAACUCAUAAAGUGAAAUUUUCUAUUAACUCAUCUGCUCAAGAGGAUAUAGACCUCAAGUUGAACCAAUGGAUGUAUGAAUAUGAAAGUAGACUUGUUGGCUUCAUGAACCACAAAGAUGAUUUGAAACUGUGGAAGGAGCGUAAGGUACCUCUAGAUACAAAUCAGACAGCACACCAAGAAGAAAGUAGCGAAGACUCCAUGGAUGAAGAAAAUGAACCAUACGAUUGGUCGAACGAUAAUCAAGCCUUUAAAACCCCGGCCACACGUCGAAAUCGUUGACCUAGUUGAAUGUAUCGUUAUUUGUUUUUACUUUUUUUUGCCUAAAUGUAUGACAUGAUGGCAUACUUGCCUUAAUA